AUGUCAGCAUCCAAAUAUGCUGAAUGGUCGAAAGACCAACUUAUAGCAAGGAUUUUGGAGCUGGAUCAACGGUUAGACACAAGCUCUGCAAAAAACACUCAACCUUCAGCUUCUUCAGCUGAUAGUGAACGUAAUUCAAAGAAAAUAUCAGAAUCAUCAGCGUUUGAUAAAAAUGGCGACUCAAACAGGCCGAUACAACAAGCAACUUUACCUGCCAAGAAAGUGAAACCCCCACGUCCUUUUCAGUUAGAAAAAACGGUGUUUUUGGCUUUUAGAUUUGCUUAUUGUGGUUGGGAUUAUAACGGAUUAGCAUACCAGACUGAACGUACUCCUCUACCUACUGUAGAAGGAAAAAUAUUUGAAGCUUUAUUAAAAGCUCAUCUUAUUGAGAGUCCCGCAACAUGCAAUUUCAGCAGGUGCGGCCGUACCGACAAGGGUGUUUCUGCUAUGGGUCAGGUAAUUUCUCUAAACGUGCGCCAUUCUGAGCGAAGGCCUAUUGUCUAUUGCGAUGUGUUGAACAGAAUAUUACCGCCUGAUAUUCGAUUCACUGGGUUUGCUGUACCUCCCCCUGGAUUUAACGCUCGUUUUUCUUGCAAACAAAGACAUUACAAAUACUUGUUUGCAAAAAACUACCCCGGUGGCACAUUGGACAUUGAAAGGAUGAAUGAUGCAGCUGCCCUCUACUUGGGUGAGCACGACUUUCGAAACUUUUGUAAAAUUGACGCUUCAAAACAGAUUACAAAUUAUCGCAGAAGAAUUCUUAGCUCAAAAAUCAUAUGUGUUGAUCCUGCAACCGAGCUGUAUGCAUUUGAUCUGCAAGGAACUGCCUUCCUUUGGCAUCAGGUUAGGUGCAUGGUGGCCAUCUUAUUUUUAGUUGGUCAGCAUUUAGAGCCUAUUUCAAUUGUCAGUGAUUUAUUAGAUACCCAGAAAGUCCCAAACAAACCAGUUUACGAUUUGGCGAGUGAAUUUCCAUUAAUUCUUUACGAUUGUAUGUUUGAUGAUAUUGAAUGGGUUUUACCAACAGAUGAUGAAACAACGGCACCGCGUAUAACUAAGCAUCUUUAUGAAAAAACCUAUCAUCAAUGGCAUAACCUUCGUAUACGCGAGCAAAUAGCGUCCUUCAUGAUGGAUGCCGCUAAUCAAAGGAUUUCUCAGUAUGGUGUUUUACAAUACACAGGUAGCAGCGUAAACAUUGGGGAAGGAGAACUCAAAUCAUCUAAGCGGUAUGUGCCGAUUCUACAAAGAGCUCGACAAGAAUCUGUUGAAGUUGUCAAUGAACGCUACAAGCGUAAAAAGGGACUUGAUGGACCCACUGCUUCUGAAGAAAUAUCAUCCUCAAUGAAUGAGGAUUAG